CGCGCAUUCAUCGGCGGCGGCCUCAUCGUCGUCGCGGGCUACUUUAUCAUGAAGGCGACGACGCCGACGGAUCAGCAGUUCUACGACAGCUUGAGCCCGAGCCUCAAGAAGCAGGUCGACAUGCAGCGCCAGUCUGGCGAGCGGCAGCGGGCAUACCAGGAGCAACUUCAGAGAGCAAGGGAGCUCGACGAGGCGCCCAUCUUGCCCGAGAAGAAGACGUAGCCGGGAAGCAAGUUGUAGAUUAAUCUGAUUCGAACAGGGCUUACAUUGAGGAGCACGGAAGUGCAGAGAUUGUGCGGGACGUGGCCUAGAGGCUGUGAUCUGAGAGAGGCAUGGGACAGGCGAUGUCACCCUCUACUCUUUCUCGAUCUGGAGGCGACAAGUAAAUCUCUUUGCAACCAGAUUGUAAACCGAGGGUCAGACAAUCCAAAGCUCGAACCGACGAAAGAAAGAAAUCUGAAGAAGGAUAAAGCG